GUUCAUCAAAUUGUCACACUGUUGCAUACUCCGCUGCCUGGAGUGCCAUUACGGCAGUUGUUGUUGUUGUUAGUGGCAUGUGGUUGCCGUAGCGAGUGCUGCGCUAUUUCACGUUAUCCUUGUCCGCUUUGUUUGUGGUGAACGCAAAAGGAAACAGCAAUUAAAUGCUCUCCACUUGUGGUCGACAAUACACAGACACACACACACACAAUCACACAUACAUACUGCAAAGAUGACAAUUAUACAAUUCAACAUGCAUAUAUGUACUUGUAUGUAUGCAUAGCCGUAGGAAACUUUAUUACUGCAAUCUAUUGUAGUGUUUGCUGGCGGAAAGCUGCAGUGGCACUCGAGCGCCAUACUUGGCUACAUUCAGUACACAGCACUUAGUCAGCGAGCAGUUAACGAAGCAACCGAAUUAUCAACCAACCAAACGCUCGACUUGCAAGCCUCCGAUUCAGCCUAUCAACGAGCUUGUACCUUUUGCACCUCGGAAGCAACCUCAGCCUAUCAGCAAGCUAGAGCCAGCCAACUUAUCACGCUUUUGUGGCCAACUAAGAGUAUCGGAGAGCAGUUAUGUUCUGGCCACUGCUCGCCUGUUUGCGCGACUACUGCGCUAAUUGCUCCUUGGCCGGCAUCAGCUACAUUGCCAAUAACAAAUUACAUAUUAGUGAACGCGUUUUCUGGCUCUUUUGCUUCAUAAUCUCCGCCUAUGGCUCGUACAAGCUCAUUUCAACAUUCGAACGCGACUUUGAAUUAUCAGCUGUCAGCAUUGUCUUCGAGAGUUUAACGCCGUAUGACAAAAUCUAUUUUCCCAGCGUGGCCGUGUGUGAGACAUUGGAAAAGGAUGGCACCACCCCAGCGGUGGAGCAAUAUAUUGAGAGCACUUACCCCGAAGAGUAUGACUAUGACAUAGAAAUUUUUGUCUUAAAACUAAUAUUCCCACAUGAGUACAACACCGGCAAUGCUAGAGCACAUUGUUUCGAUAAGGAGGGCACUGAGUCUGAGUGCCCACAUACCCACUACAGGGAACUAACAGAGAAGCUUCAUCAGAACUGCUCCAACGUUUUAGUAGAAUGCUCACUCGGACACAAGGCCUUCAACUGCUGUCACUACUUUGUGCCACUACUUACACCUUAUGGUUACUGUUUUCUUUUAAACUCGAGGCAAAAUAAUCAUCCCGACAGCAAAUAUUGGUUUCCGAAUGAGGUAGAGGACAAUCAUGCCACAAUGCGCCUGGUUACCGAUGUUGCAGUCGAGGUUUUCGUACUCAACAAGGAGGACAUACCUUACGCCAAUCUAGCUGGUAUUACAACAAAGGUGGCAACACCAGGCAAACAUACAGACCUUCAAAUAUCUGUGCAGGAAAUGGUUAACGACAUGGAUGUGCGCGAAGUGUCACCAGAGCAUCGCGGUUGCCGCUUCCCUGAGGAGAUCAUGCCGCGGUCAUCGUUUCGCGUCUACAGCUUCAGUGCCUGUAUUGUCGAUUGUAUUGGCGCAUUGCAAAUGCGUUACUGCAAUUGCACGAUAUUCAAUUUAAUGCCGACAGCGCGUGCCGAUGUACCCGAUUGUGAUUAUAAAGGUAUUUUAUGCUUGGAGAAGGAAACGAAGGUCGCGCCCGAUAUUAAAUUAUUGCUGCCAUGGCCGGAAAAUAAUGAAACGUGUGACUGCUUGCCGUCGUGCACUGAACACGACUUACGUGCGGUUUCCGAGUAUAGUCCGAGCAAUCAUAAAGGUAAUGACAAGCGCAGUGUUGCGAUCAGUCUGGUUGACCGGCCCACGGAGCGUUAUCGUCGCCAAGCGUUACGUACGCGUUUAGAUGUUGUGGUCAGUAUAGGCGGUAUAUUGGGACUAUUUUUAGGUGCCAGCAUUUUGAGUCUCAUUGAACUUGUUUACUAUUUUACUUUUCGGCUUUACAACAAUAUCCAAAUGAUAAGAAAUAGCGAGAGGGAGCGAAAUGGAAUAGUCCAAAAAGGAAAAGGAAAGGGUGCGAGUUUGAAAUAAAAGUUUCAAUUGAUCGAAUUUAUUUUAUCUUAAAGCAAAGAUAUAACUCAUUUUUUUAAUCCCAUGCAUUGCACGCUAAUUAUAUACUUAGUCUAGAUUAAAUAAAAACUUUAUGAAGACUCAAUAAA